AUGCCUUCAUUCAACAAAUCGUUUGUGAUGAACCACACAUGUCUUCGUAUCAAAGAUCCAAAGGUUUCAAUUCCAUUUUAUACCGAAAACCUAGGUAUGAAAUUGAUUGCCACCUUACCUUUCCCAGAUAGCAAAUUCACAUUGUACAUGUUGGCAUAUGACAAUGGAGACAAUAACAAUGAUGUAAGUUGGUCUGCGAGAGAAGGCGUACUCGAAUUGUGCCAUAAUCAUGGAGUUGAAAACGAUGAAUCCUACACAUUGAAUAACGGUAACGGCGAGAAAUUCAGAGGAUUCGGGCAUAUCUGCGUUUCUGUUGAUAAUAUUGAAGCUGCUGAAGCUCAGUUUUUAAGCAAGGGGGUUAAAUUCCAGAAAAAAUUAAGCGAUGGUAGACAAAAAAACAUCGCUUUUGCCUUGGAUCCAAACGGAUACUGGAUUGAAUUAAUCGAACAUGGCCAGGGUAAAGCUUCCGAUAAGACCGAUUCUACUCAUUACAAACUCAAUCACACAAUGAUUAGGGUUAAGGAUCCUAAGAAAUCUUUAGAUUUCUACCGUAAUGUUUUGGGAAUGAAAUUGUUUUCGACUAGCGUUCAUGAAGGUGCAAAGUUCACCCUUUACUUUUUAGGUUACGAACAUGAUGCAUCUUUCAAAGAAGACACUCUCUCAAGAGAUGAACAAUCCAAGAAACAAGGCUUGAUCGAAUUGACCCAUAAUUGGGGUACUGAAUCGGAUAACGACUUCGAAGGCUACCACAACGGUAACUCUACUGAGAAUGGUGCUAUCCAAGGCUACGGACACACCUGUGUUUCCUGUAGCGACCCUGGAAAGUUUUGUAAAGAGAUUAAUGAGGAGUUUGGUGAAGCUAAUAUAGAUUGGGCUGUUCAAUGGGGUAAAGGAGGAAUAAAGCAACUUGCUUUCAUUAGAGAUCCUGAUGGAUACUCCAUUGAAAUUAUAAACUCCGUAUUUAAGCAAUAA